AUGCUCCAGAAACGAGACGGAUCCUACCAUCACAACGAGGACGUCAAAUUCACCCAUGGUGUCGCAUCCGGUGAUCCGUUUGCACAAUCAGUCAUCUUGUGGACAAGAGCUUCACCAGUUCUCGAAAAUGAUGCCUCGAACGUGACAGUGGAGGGGACAGUGCCUUACUUCAGCCACGAAACUGAGCAGUACAUCAAGCUCUCCAAGGCCCCAAUCUGUGUCGAUUGGAAGACAUCGUCCAGCCCUAGAAUGGAUGGGUCACCUGUCUCUCGGGGCAGGGCUUACACUACAUCCGAUAUUGAUUAUACUGUCAAGAUUGAGGCUGGUGGUCUGAGCCCUUUCACUACUUAUUACUACCAAUUCACAGUAUGUGGUACGAAUAUUACUUCGCCGAUUGGUCGAACGAAGACUGCACCCGCCCCAGAUGAUGAUGUUUCAUCGCUAAGUUUGGGCGUCUUCUCGUGUGCGAACUAUCCUCUUGGUUACUUUAACGCGUAUGGUAACAUUGCUCGUAAAGACAGCGUUGACUUUGUGUUGCAACUUGGCGACUAUAUCUACGAGGAUGAGGUUGGAGUCCCCGGCGUAGACGAGCGCGCUACUGUGUCCGUGCACCCAACGAUCGGAGUCAGGCAACGAUCGGGGAACAACAAUUACACCCAAUUUUGACGCGUAAUAAUUCAACCACCAUGCCAGGUAUUAAUGAUGCGCUUGCAGAGAUUCGUAAAUUGAACCCUGGCGAUAAACC